GAUACAUGGACAACUUUCACGCGGAGCUUCAUCAUGCUGCUGCCAACGUUGAGGUCGAGGUUAGCGAGAGGUGUAGAAGCGCCGCCGGUUGGGCAGUAAGGCCUUCACAUUGCAAGCCAAGGACAACAUGACACCCGAUUCCCCGGGAAUCAAUGUGUCUGCACGGCGGGCUGUGCCAGGAUUGUCAGCUAGCUGUAGUGUCACUGUCAAUAACCCUACGAAAUGUGAAGCCAGGUCCAGCAUCUUCCAAAUCAGAUACUUCAAGACAUCUGUAGCUUGCAGGAAUGAAGUCAUCACAGUAAAGACACCUGCAUUUGCAGAGUCUGUCACAGAGGGGGAUGUGAGGUGGGAGAAAGCGGUUGGUGAUUCUGUCAAAGAGGAUGAGGUGGUUUGCGAAAUUGAGACGGACAAGACAUCAGUGCAGGUGCCGUCUCCUGCUGCUGGGGUGAUUGAGGAGCUCCUGGUCCCUGAUGGGGAGAAGGUCGAGGGAGGGCAGGUUCUCUUCAAACUCCGGAAAGGAGUUGUUGCUGCCCAAGCUGCAGAGGCCGCAGCAGCAGUAGUAGCCGCUCCUCCACCCCCCCAUGAUGCAGCCACAACGCCCUCUCCUGCUCCCUCUGCAGUGGGCCCCAUCCCUACCACUAUGCCCCCAGUGCCACCUGUCCCAGGAGCUGCCAUCUUUGCCACACCAGUUUCAGCCAUCAAACCCACUGCUGCUCCUGCUGCCCCAGCCGCUGUCACAGAUGGAGGGGGUAAACCAGUCAGGACAGAGCACAGGGUGAAGAUGAACCGUAUGCGUCUGAGAAUCGCCCAGAGACUGAAGGAAGCCCAGAACACCUGCGCUAUGUUGACAACAUUUAAUGAGGUCGACAUGAGCAACAUCAGUGAGAUGAGGAAGGCCUACAAAGACGCUUUCCUGAAGAAACACAACAUCAAGCUGGGCUUCAUGUCUGCAUUUGUCAAGGCUUCAGCAUAUGCUCUGAUGGAACAGCCUGCCGUCAACGGAGUCAUUGACGACACCACCAAAGAGAUUGUGUACAGGGACUACGUGGACAUCAGUGUGGCUGUAGCAACACCAAAGGGCUUGGUGGUGCCUGUCAUCCGUGGAGUGGAGGGAAUGAACUUCGCUGACAUUGAGAAGACCAUCAACGAGCUGGGGGAGAAGGCUCGUAAGAAUGAGCUGGCCGUGGAGGACAUGGAUGGAGGAACCUUCACCAUCAGCAACGGUGGCGUGUUUGGAUCCAUGUUUGGCACGCCCAUCAUCAACCCUCCACAGUCUGCCAUCCUGGGAAUGCAUGGUAUCUUCGAGAGGCCAGUGGCCAUCGAGGGCAAGGUGGAGAUCCGCCCCAUGAUGUACGUGGCUCUGACGUACGACCAUCGCCUCAUCGACGGCAGAGAGGCGGUCACCUUCCUGCGUAAGAUCAAGACUGUGGUAGAAGAUCCCAGAGUGCUGCUACUGGACAUGUGAGCCAGCCUCCCCAGUCAAUGGCUAAACAAACCAAUCAACCGACCUUCACACGCAGCAGCUAUACCUGCCUGAUUAACCUAAACUGCAGACGUUUUGUGUUGGUUAACUAGGAAAGGGGAUACUUGAAUAGACCAAAAGGUGCAUUGGACUUAUUGCAUGGGCUGAAAUUGUGAAAUCAUUUAUGCUAAAUGUUGUGUGUCUGGGGCAGGGAGUGGGUGUUGUACAUCUCAAAGCACCAUUUGCUAUUUUCUACCUACAAUAAUUGUAAUAUAAAUGGCAAAAAGUUGCAUUAAGUAUUUUUCAUGUAGAAUAACAAUUGUAGCCUAUCAGAAGAUGGACUGUUCAUGCUCAUGGUACAGGUUGAUGCUUUGUUACACUGAAAUGUCAGGACCCAGUCAUCUCAUUCACGCACACUCUUAAAUUCUGUUUAUGCUGUGUAAAAAAACAAAACUAUUUAAAGACCAGAUUUCAAGGUUUAAAAACGAUGCUUUUUGUUUUCUGUUUACACAGACACUUGCCUUUUUACAGAAUGCUCUCAAUGACUGACGAUAAGAACAAUUCAGAAAACAAGUGGCUGGUGUGUAGUGUAAAAUAGAUAUUGCCAGGCCUUGGAAGCUUUAAAAGAAAUGGAAACAUUAAAGAGACUGAGAACACACCACAUCACUUACAAGUCAGGAAGUGACUGUCUGAGCUGUGGUAGAAAUAGUCAUAGGCCAGGGUUAAACAAACUUGGUCCUGGGGCCCUACCUGGGUGCACGUUUUGGUUUCUGCCCUAGCACUACACAGCUGAUUCAAAUAACCAACUGAUCAAGCUUUGAUUAUUUGAAUCAGUUGUAGUGCUAGGCCAGAAACCAAAACGUGCACCCAGGUAGGGCCCCAGGACUGAGCUUGAGAAACCCUGAUAUAGGCUAUGUACAGAAAAAAAGGCUGACCAUGAGUAUAUUAAAGACUAACACAGCACAGAUGCAUUGCUUCAUUUUACUAACGUUAUUGUCAACGUUGUUUAUCACAGCCAUUGGCUGACCAAAAAGUAUUUGUGUAGUAAGUGUUUGACAAUGAAAAACAUCCGUUUCCAUACUUGGUGAUGCUAUGCAUGGAUGUUAACAGUAGCAUUGCAUAUCAUUUGUACAACAGAAAUACCCCAAAAGUCACCCAGGAGUACAUUUUGCCCUACUAUGUUUACACUAGCCUCUAUUAUUCAAACAUGGAGGUUACAAAGACAACACUGCAGGCAGAGUUUGGUUGUUGCAGGGCUGACAUGUUGGCUGUGUGCUCUGAAUUACCCUUCUAAUCUAUCAUUCUUUGGGAAUAACAAGAUGCUCAGGAAGUAGCUCCAGAGCUGGGGUUUCAAUUAUUUUAGCCACAAGGGGGCAGUGGCUGCCCAACUUCACUUGGCUGCAGAUAACUGUUCAGGCUACAGACAGUCUGUUGACCUUCUAACUGCUCAGUGCCUUCCAGGAGACACCAUUGAAGAAGGGGUGACACUUGAUGUCACUCACUCCACCGCCUCCAGAGCCCAAACGAUAACCAGCGUCAAACUGCAGAAGCUGUGGAACACACAAGUCACUCAUUCAGAAAGCCAAUUUGAGUUUGUACAAUGUGUGUGGCUGUGUGUAUCUGUGGGUGCAGGCUAGAAGCAUGUGUGUAUAUGUCUACGGUAUUUACACUACCAGUCAUGUGUGUAAUGGGACUCAGGCCUUACCUCAGUGAGCAGGGAGGCAGCUGCAGUACUCAGCUGGUCUGGGAUCAGAAGCUGGGUGUGAGAAUGUACCCCGGCUGGGUGGAACUGCCACAGGGGCUGGAGGCACAGGAACAGGCAUACCGUUUCAACAAGGACUUGAUAAUGAUACCAACACAGAUGCACUAUCAACAGACCAGUUGGCAGCACUCUAAUCAAUAUACAUACACACGUUUGGAUUGGAAAAAAACUUUACUAUGACGGAGGGCAAGAUUCUGGCCUCUUUUUUUCUUCAAAGGAUUAUUCAAUACAAAUGUUAUUUACCAUUCCUGUAAGAAGUUCAAAUAGCAAUGCCCCCAGACUCCACCAAUCACAAGCCUCUGUUAUUUUGGACACACCUCCAAUCUCUAUUGGCAAACAACAAACAGAACUGUUAUUAACAGGUUUCUUGUUGGAUCAAACUAAAUGUCUGAUAUAUAAUAACACUAGAAGGCACUUUAGGGUAGCAGCCAUAUGUGGAACUGUUGUGUUUCCACCUGGGGCACAGUACAUCCGGUCCAUAGCUUCAGAGUUGGUUUCUGACUGAACUUCACUCCACUGGCCAAAGAAUGUCAGGCAGACCUUUCCUGUUGAGAAACAUGACAAUAUGUCACAAUCAAAGUUGGUUGAGUUUUCAAGACUCAACUCAUGCCAAAAACUGAGACCGUACGGAGUUAAAGUGAUUUAGGUGACUAACCGAUGCUGGUAAGCAGGAUGUUCUUUGGGUUGAGGUCACGGCACAUGACACCUUGCUGGUGAAGACUCUCCAGGGCCAGGAGGAUCUGAGCUCCCAACAGACGCACCUCUGCCUCAGGCAGCCCCCAACAGCCCUGCCUGACCCCAUCUCUCCCUCUGGAGGCCUUGGCUGGGAACUUGGGCUGGUGGCACCAGCCCUCUACCUCAAUGAUCUGAUCCUGACCCUGUCCAUCUGAUCCAUUUGACUUCAGGAAAGCAUUCAUGUCCUCCUUCCGACACUGUGGGGAGGCCCCUGUGGGGCCAGUGGUGGUGGGGUCACACAGUGAUCCUUUCCCUUGGGGGAUGUCCUUACUCAAAGGGCUCAGCUCCCAGCCCUCCUCCACCUCCUCCCUGCAAGGAGGCUCCACAUGAUACUUUGCCCCUGUGAGGGCCAGGAAGAUGCCUGCCUGGUUCCCCUGCUGUGUCCCAGCACUGAGACAGUGAGGCAGGGAAGGGGGGUGAGAGAUCCCUGAGGAUGUCCUCAUGACCUUCAGCUCGUCUACUGUAGAGGGGCACACAGCUCUGCCAGGCUGGGAAGUCUCUGUGUCCCUGCUUACUAAGUUCACAAUGCUCUUUUCAGUAGUGUGACGGUUUACCUGUUCUUCCUGCCCUCUCUCCUGGUGUGUGGAUAUCUCUACACCCACAGUGUUCUCAAGGUCUCCACCUGAAACACUGCCUUGGUGAGAGCCAUAGGAGGUCAAAGUUGCCAUCUCACUAGCCUGGCUUUGAUUAUGGAGGGGAACAUAACUUUUCUGUGAAUACAAACUGAUAGAAUGAUUCUUCAGGUUCACUGUUGACCCUGUCCCACCAGAAGAGGUCUGAGUUGUUUGAGGUACAGGUUUACCUGCAGCUAUAUCGGAGUCACUCUCACAAUUCUGUGUCAGAUCAGCAGCCUUCCACACCACGUCAAAAUCCAAACUGGAUUCAAUUUUUUCUGUUCCAGUGGCCUUCCCAGAAGGCUCAGAGGUGACAUCAGGAACCUGAUCGAUGCACAGAUGACUAGGAAGAGCAGGCUUGUCCUGAGUUUCGGAGAGCAAACACUGACUGUGGCCUGCUGGAUGGAUAUGGGGACUGAUGUCUGUCCUCAUUGGCCCAAAUAAAGAGGGCUGUAGCGCUGUAGACCUUGAGUUGUUCUGCAGGCAGCCUGUCUCCUCGCAGUAAGAGUGGGUCCUACAGCCUUCCAGACGAUGCUGAGCCUCAUGCCAAGAUGCAGGGGAGUCUGUGUCUGGGCUCUCCUCGUUCUCCCUCUCCAGGAGAGGGGUUGUCCCUGUGUCCCCUCUGUCAUUCUGCUGGUAGUCUGAGCUGAUGGUAGGGGAGGUGUAGCUGUUCUUCAGUUUGAUCCUGUGCUGGCUGGGAAUGUAGCAUUCUGGGUGCUCCUUGGCUCGGUCGUUCCUCACCUUGGACAGUUUGGAGAAAAGCUUCCCACCUACAGAGCAUAGAAAAGUCAAUACAUCAUAAGACAAUAGUAGUUUUUCUUUAUUUUAAUUCAGCUAUUUUUUCUAAUCUCCUUGGCAUCCUUGACCCAAAAUGGCUGAAGAGUGCAACAAUCAACAAAACAAAUGUAACCUGUAGGUCCACUGCUAUGCCUUGGACAUAAAUCUCCCUUUGCAUGGCGAUAGGCUAGGAAAGAGCAUCUGCUACAUCUCACAUACUGCAGGGCUGGCAGGCAGAGGCUGUGUUCAGCUCACCUUGAACAUGCUCCAGAUGCAGGUACACAGCAUCCUCACUGACAUAGUACCUCAGCAGCUUCACCAUAUAGGGGACGCCCUGGGGGAUGAUAGUGGGCUGGUCCCGGCUCUCCCAGCUCGACUUGGGCAGGCUCUGAGAGGACACGGCGCAAUAGAACAAUACAUGUAUUACUAUGCUGUUACUAUUACCUUGGUCAAAAUACAACUUCUCUACUGUAAUACACAUUGUUCUCUUGUCUAGUCUUAGUCUGUGUCUAUAGUUAAUUGAUAAAAACAGAAAUCUAAAAACUCAUCUCUACAAAAGCGGGCUCUUCUCUAGCACUGUUUAUACCUGGUUCUAACACGCGUCCUUUGUCCUGAUCUUGUCCACAUUCUGAUUGUUAAGACAGGUGUAGACGAUUAAAAGACACAUUGUGAUCAGAUCUUCCUGACCACUUACGGAGGUAGUCAAGGCAUGCAUUGUGUCUGGAUAUCGUUAGUGUAAACAGAUCUGGAUAGUGAAACCAUUUAAAUCCUCAUUAUCCCACCCUGUAAAAUCAUUGACAGGUGGCACUACUGACUUAUGGCAUCAAUAUGUGUCUUAAAAUAAUAAAUAAAUAUUAUUUUGAAAAAAUAUCCAUAAAAUAAUUUAUAUACAGGGAAAUCUGGUCACAAUGUGGAAACAGUGGUCGUAUAAAAAUAUACAUUUUAAUAUAUGUAGACACAUUUCUCAAGAUCUGGGCACAAUCAGAAUGUGGACAAGAUGAUGCAUGAUAGUGCCAGGUGUAAACGAGACUACUGAGACCUGCGCCUUAGAGACCCUGCUACAGUAUUUUCCAAUAACAACUCUCUGGUUACGGAAAUCAGAGGUGCAUUUCCACUAAGAGGGUCAGAGUGGAGGGCUUUUAGCCAAAUCAAUGGUGAAGGAUACUCAAGACAGAGUAUUCCCAUUGACUGGGCUGCCACAGGAUGGCUGGCAGGGGUCCAGACAGUACAACAGCCAUCUGUGCACUGGAUAUGCAUCUACACAGAUAGACAGCUGCAAUGUUUCUACUACACUGUUUCUACUACACGUCUGCCACUCUGUAUUGGUAGUGUUAAGAUCAGACGUAAGUACUUACUUUAACAACACAUUUCUCCUUUGUAAUCAGGCUUUGGACAAUCAGGACCUUGGGGAGAAGACGUACAUUUUAUUUUAGUUUAAAUAGAACAUAGUAUGUUAUUAGAUGGUUGUGACAUUUUAGGACAAGGUACUAUUUGCUUAGGUAAGCAUCAUGGUUGUCACUGAAUCUAUAAGACAUGGUAUGUGUAUGUGACCAAUAAAAUGUGAUUUGGUUAAUAAAGGGUUAACUACA